UUUUUUCUGUUCUAUUAUAAAGCAAUUUAGAACUAAAUAUCAGAAUGUCGGAUAACGAUGAUGAUUUUAUGUGCGAAGAUGAUGAAGAUUAUGGAUUGGAAUAUUCGGAAGAUAGUAAUUCCGAGCCGGACGUUGAUCUGGAAAAUCAAUAUUACAAUAGUAAAUCAUUAAAGGAAGAUGAUCCCAAGGCGGCAUUGGCCUCCUUUCAAAAGGUGUUGGACCUAGAGAAUGGCGAAAAGGGGGAGUGGGGUUUUAAGGCCUUAAAGCAAAUGAUAAAAAUUAAUUUUAAACUGAACAACUAUGAAGAGAUGAUGGUGCGCUAUAAACAAUUAUUGACCUACAUCAAGAGUGCCGUGACACGCAACCACUCGGAAAAGUCCAUCAAUUCUAUAUUAGAUUAUAUAUCCACAUCGAAAAAUAUGGAACUUUUACAAAACUUUUAUGAAACCACCUUGGAAGCCUUAAAGGAUGCAAAAAACGAUCGCCUGUGGUUUAAGACAAAUACGAAACUGGGAAAAUUGUAUUUCGAUCGCAACGAGUUUGGAAAAUUACAAAAAAUCCUGAAACAAUUACAUUUGUCUUGCCAAACGGAUGACGGUGAAGAUGAUUUGAAAAAGGGUACACAACUUUUGGAAAUAUACGCCUUGGAAAUACAAAUGUAUACCGUCCAAAAGAAUAACAAAAAGCUGAAGGCCCUUUACGAACAAUCACUGCACAUUAAAUCGGCAAUCCCACAUCCGCUGAUUAUGGGUGUUAUUCGCGAAUGUGGCGGUAAAAUGCAUUUGCGUGAGGGUGAAUUUGAAAAGGCCCAUACCGAUUUCUUUGAGGCAUUUAAAAAUUACGAUGAAUCGGGUUCGCCGAGACGUACAACGUGCCUGAAAUAUUUGGUAUUGGCAAAUAUGCUCAUGAAAUCCGGUAUUAAUCCCUUCGAUUCCCAAGAAGCCAAACCCUAUAAAAAUGAUCCGGAAAUUUUGGCCAUGACCAAUUUGGUGGUAUCCUAUCAAAAUAAUGACAUUAAUGAAUUUGAAUCGAUAUUACGCACUAAUCGUAGCAAUAUUAUGGCUGAUCCUUUCAUACGAGAACACAUUGAAGAUCUGCUAAGGAAUAUACGCACACAGGUUCUCAUUAAAUUAAUACGACCAUAUAAAAAUAUAGCCAUACCAUUUAUUGCCAAUGCACUGAAUAUUGAACCGGCCGAAGUUGAGAGUCUAUUGGUGUCGUGCAUACUAGACAAUACCAUCCAGGGACGCAUUGAUCAAGUAAAUCAAGUUUUACAAUUGGAUAAGGAAAACAGUACAGGAUCUCGUUAUAAUGCCAUCGACAAAUGGUCCAACCAAAUUCAAUCUCUACAAAUGGCAGUCAUCAAUAAAAUGGCCUGAGACAGGCCUUCACUAGCUAUGCAUUGUUUACCAACAUUAAACUGGU